CUGUGAGCCAGCAAGGAGGGCCAGAGGAGAGUUUAGCAGAAGCCCAACAAAGGAUACAAAGAGUACACAGAGAACAUGUGCAUGUUGGAGAACGACUUGGAGAACCAUCUGGGGGAGUUCCACAUUAAGAUGAAAGGGCUGGCUGGAUUCGCUAGAUUAUGUGCUGGAGACCAGUAUGAGAUCUUUAUGAGGUACGGUCGUCAGCGGUGGAAGCUCCGAGGCAGGAUCGAGCUGAACGGCAGACAGGUGUGGGACAGCGAGGACAUGGUGUUCCUGCCGCUCGUCAGCGACUUCCUCUCUGUGAAGGUGACAGAGCUGAAGAGCUUAGCCAAUCACGUGGUUGUAGGAAGUGUUUCCUGCGAGACGAAGGACCUGUUUGCUGCACUCCCCCAGACGGUUGCUGUGGAUAUUAAUGAUCUUGGGACUAUUAAGCUGAGCCUGGAAGUCACCUGGAAUCCAUUUGAUAAAGAUGACAUGGGGUCAGUGGCCAGCACCGUCACCAAAGCUCCCACCAUCAGUAAGAGACUCUCCACCAUCUUCAACCAGAGCCCGCCAGACACGCCCUCUCUACGAGAACAAGCCUUCUAUAACAUGCUGCGGCGUCAUGAGGACAUGGAGAACGGAACAGCGUGGUCCAACUCCUCUGAGUCUUCUGAUGACUCCUCCAGUCCUCGGCUGUCUGUGGGGGGGCUACGCACCUCUACGCAUCAUAAG